CAUGUUUUCGGACGGGACGGCCACGAACCGGACCUCCGACUGGUGGAGCGACGCGCCGCGGCAACAGUUGACGCGCGGCGGUCACCGCGUGGUGUCGCUCUUCCUGGGUUCCAUCAUGGUGUUGGGCUUCCUCAACAACCUGCUGGUGCUGGUUCUCUUCUGCAGGUUCAGAACUCUGCGGACGCCCGUCAACGUGCUGCUGCUCAACAUCAGCGUCAGCGACAUGCUGGUGUGCGCGUGCGGGACCACGCUGAGCUUCGCGUCCAGUCUGCGGAACCGAUGGUUGUUCGGCCGCCUCGGGUGCUCGUGGUACGGCUUCAUCAACUCCUGCUUCGGUAUUGUGUCUCUGGUGUCUCUCGCCCUGCUGUCCUACGAGCGAUACAACACCCUAAUGGUGUACAACAAGCGGGCCCUGGACUAUAGGAAGCCUCUGUUAGCAGUGUGCGGGGCUUGGCUCUACUCGCUGGCGUGGACGUUACCCCCUUUGCUGGGAUGGAGCAGCUACGGGCUGGAGGGAGGGGGAACCAGCUGCUCGGUGACGUGGACCGAGCGAACGGCUCGUUCUCACUCCUACAUCAUCUGUCUGUUUGUCUUCUGUCUCGGUCUCCCCGUCUUCAUCAUGGCGUACUGCUACGGCCGCCUGCUGCGUGCCGUCAAACAGGUGGGUCGAAUUCGACAGACAAGGCGGCGUGAAUUCCACAUCCUGUUCAUGGUUGUCAUCACGAUGGUUUGCCACCUCCUCUGCUGGAUGCCGUACGGCAUCGUCGCCGUUAUGGCCACGUUCGGUCGGCCGGGCCUCAUCAGCCCCGUGGCGAGCGUGGUGCCGUCCAUCCUCGCCAAGAGCAGCACCGUGUUCAACCCCGUCAUCUACAUCCUGAUGAACAAGCAGUUCCACCGCUGCUUCCUAAUCCUGUUCCACUGUCAGCACCAGCAGAUGGCGAACAGUCACGCCAUUCCAUCCAGAACUACCAUGGUCCAUCUCACCCGUCUGCCGGUGGACAGUGGCGCUGAUGCCCCUGGCAAUGCCGUGGAAGCACCCGCUAAGGCCUGUGACACAGAGGACACCAGCGCCACCUUGUCGGGAAAAAAUGGAAGUGCCUAAGUCUUGUGGGACUCAAGACUGACAUUUAAGAAAUGUCACCUGGAGCCUCAAGUCUUCAAGGAGGGUGGCAAGUUUCAGCAGCUUCAAAUGGACAAGGACUAACAACUGCGUCUGAUGGAAACUGUGGAUUCUGAAGAAAAUUGAAUAUUUUUGUUGUGAAGUCAACCUGAUGUGGUUGU